ACAUCUCUCUCACAAUACUUAUACAUAAAACAGUAAGCUUCAAUGAACAAUAUCGUAUGAGAACAGUUGUGUACGUUGCUAAGAGUGUUGUACAGUGAUACACAGAACCGUCGGGUGAAUCAGUCAUAGCUGUGUUGUAUCUAUCCACCUUAUUCCUGACGACCCUACUGUGUUUUGAAUUAUGGGUGGAACUUCCGGUUUGGGGAACUUCCAUUCAAAAAGAUCAAAACAAAUCUUUCAAAUCAUAAGGUUGCCGUACAAAUAAAGCUUAUCCGUCAGUUUGACUAAAUUAGCUGUCAAUUUUUCUUUCAUGUUUUAAUAGACCUCACAGUUAAUGAGGUCACAGGUGUAUGUUUGUAGAGUAAUUUACAACGGCUUUGAACGCGGCUCAACCAAUCAGAAUCAAGGGCCGGAACUAUCCGUUUUAUAAAUAAUUAAAUCCUGAUCAAUAUGUAAAAUUACUGUUUAUUUUUUUAAUUUUUUACUUAUUUUUUUACAAUUUAUUUCCAUUCAUGGUUUCAAAUAAGCAAUACUGUUUAUAAAAAUGGUAGAGAUAUAGAAUAUAGCUGAUUUUCUGAUUUCUUUUUUUUACAAUGCAAGUAGCUUUGAUUAUUCAAUCCUAUAUUCAAGGCUAUAUCAUUUUGGCAAAAAUGCUCAAGAAAAAGCAUUGUCCUGUUCAUGAACUCAUGCAUCUAAAUUACCAUUUAGCCUACAUCUGUUUUGUUUUUGAUACAGCAUCAGAAGGAGGAGGGAUACCCAGACAGAUCACAACGGUCACAACAUUCACUCUUGAUCUUGAUUUCACUUGCCAUUUAUCCAGACGGAUUGUUCUACUGGGUAAAAGUGGAGUUGGGAAGAGUGCAGCUGGAAACACAAUACUGGGACGGAGAGAGUUUAUAUCUGAGAUGAGUACUAGUUCAGUAACCCGUGAAUGUUCAGAAGCUCAAGUCACUGUUUCAGGCAGAUCUGUGUCUGUAGUUGAUACUCCUGGAUUCUUUGACACACAGAUGAAACCUGAAGAGUUAGAGAAAGAGAUAGCGAGAAGUGUUUAUAUAUCCAGUCCUGGACCUCACGCUUUUCUCAUUGUUCUGCAUGGAAAUGACAGAUACACUGAACGGGAACUGGCGAUUCCUCAGAUGAUUGAGAUGUUGUUUGGUCAGGAGGUAUUAAAAUACUCCAUCAUUCUCUUCACUCAUGGCGAUCUGCUUGAAGAAGAGACAGUAGAGGAGAUCAUUGAGUGGAACAGUGAUUUAAGACAUCUAGUUGAUCAGUGUGGAGGCAGAUAUCAUGUCUUCAACAAUAGAGAUCAGAAUAACAGAGAGCAGGUGAAUGAUCUACUGCAGAAGAUUGACACAAUGAUAGAGCAGAAUGGAGGAGGACACUACAGCAAUCAGAUGUUUGAAGAUGCUCACAGAUUCAGACGAGAGGAAGAAGAGCAGAGACAGAGAGAGGAAGAAUGGAGAAAACAACAGGAGGAGAUUGAAAAUGUCAGAAUGCAGAAUAUCAGAACAGAGUGUGAAGCUCAGAGAUCUGAUCUAGAAAGACAGAGAGAGGAAAAAUGGAUAAAACCACAGGAGAAUGAGAGAGAUAGAAAGGAGAAAGGUAGAACAUUUUACAAAGCACAAAGUCACAGUGGAUUUGAACAAUAUUAUAGAAAGAAUAAGCUUAAGUUCAGUUUUUUAGUUUUUGUAAUUGGUGUUGGAGCAGUUUGUGGUGCUUUUCUUGUUGGAGCUGUUGGAGCUGUUGCUGGGCACGCUGGUGCAGCUGUUGUAAGUACAGCUGUUGGCAAGACUGUUGGUGUUGUUGGUACAGCUGUUGGCAAGACUGUUGGUGUUGUUGGUACAGCUGCUGGCAAUACUGUUGGUGUUGUUGGUACAGCUGUUGGCAAGACUGUUGGUGUUGUUGGUACAGCUGUUGGCAAGACUGUUGGUGUUGUUGGUACAGCUGUUGGCAAGACUGUUGGUGUUGUUGGUACAGCUGUUGGCAAGACUGUUGGUGUUGUUGCUGCUGGCAAUACUGUUGGUGUUGUUGGUACAGCUGUUGGCAAGACUGUUGGUGUUGUUGGUACAGCUGUUGGCAAGACUGUUGGUGUUGUUGGUACAGCUGUUGGCAAGACUGUUGGUGUUGUUGGUACAGCUGCUGGCAAGACUGUUGGUGUUGUUGGUACAGCUGCUGGCAAGACUGUUGGUGUUGUUGGUACAGCUGUUGGCAAGACUGUUGGUGUUGUUGGUACAGCUGCUGGCAAUACUGUUGGUGUUGUUGGUACAGCUGUUGGCAAGACUGUUGGUGUUGUUGGUACAGCUGUUGGCAAGACUGUUGGUGUUGUUGGUACAGCUGUUGGCAAGACUGUUGGUGUUGUUGGUACAGCUGUUGGCAAGACUGUUGGUGUUGUUGGUACAGCUGCUGGCAAGACUGUUGGUGUUGUUGGUACAGCUGUUGGCAAGACUGUUGGUGUUGUUGGUACAGCUGUUGGCAAGACUGUUGGUGUUGUUGGUACAGCUGUUGGCAAGACUGUUGGUGUUGUUGGUACAGCUGCUGGCAAUACUGUUGGUGUUGUUGGUACAGCUGUUGGCAAGACUGUUGGUGUUGUUGGUACAGCUGUUGGCAAGACUGUUGGUGUUGUUGGUACAGCUGUUGGCAAGACUGUUGGUGUUGUUGGUACAGCUGUUGGCAAGACUGUUGGUGUUGUUGGUACAGCUGCUGGCAAGACUGUUGGUGUUGUUGGUACAGCUGCUGGCAAUACUAUUGUGUUUCUAAUUAGGAAUUAA